AAUCUGAAUGGUUUCCUUGUUUUCAUCGUUCACGGAGUCCAAAGCCAAAGGAAACAGAAGGAGACGGAGGCGCUCCCUCCCCAUAAAUCCGAAGCCAAAGCCAAAAGAGACCAUCCCACUCCACACUCCACACUCCGGCAGCUCGGCCGCCUCCUCUCCUGUUCUCCUGCAUGCUCGCCGCCGGCGAUGCCCAGCCCGCUCAAGCGCCCCUCCCUCGGCCGCCUGCUCGCCUCCCUCCGGUCUCCCUCCCGCGUCCCCGUCCAGACAGGCUUCCCCACCUCCCUCGCCGACCUCGUCGUCAAGAACCAUGCCCGCCUCAGGAACCCCCGCAAGCCAUGCCGCCCCACCGCCCCUCCGGCGCUCCCUCCGUCUACCGCGGUUGUGGAAGACUCUUCGCUGCCUCUGUCGCCCGAGCCUCCCUCGCCGGUGGUCGUAGAGCCGGACUCCUCGGCUCCGGUGGCGCGGCCGCUGGACGACGCGCCCAAAGGCGCCGCCUUCCUCCGGCCCCGCCCGCAGCUCCUCGCGCUCGGCGGCGCCGUGGCGCUCGCGCUCCUCGCCGUGUGGAGCGAGGGCACCGUCGCGGCCCUCACCGUCGCCUCGCUGUCGCUGCUCUGGAUCGAGUCGGCGUGUCGACGGCGCUCUGGCCCGGAGGAGCUGCCCGAUUCGGGCGGCCGCGGCCCCGUAUCGCCGAUUUGGGAGGUGGAAGAAGCGCCCCGGUCAUCCAGCUGCUCGGAUUCCGACAAGAGCAGCGAGCUCGUCUCCGGCGGCGAAGAUCCGGCCACCCCGAAGAGGAAAGCGAAGAGAUCGCUGCGGAAAAUAAUAUCCAAGACGCUGCAGAAGAAGAAGCCCAAGGCCAAGGACGCCUCGGGCUCCGACGGCGAGGUCGUCGAGCAGCCUGACGGCGCCGAGCCAACCAAAACCGAGGCCUUUCUAAUUCUAGCCCCUUCCACUUCCACCACAGACACAGAGGAGGCCCCGUCGGAGCCAAGCACAGAAUCGUCGGUGGAGAUGAAGACGGAGACGGAAAGGCUAGUGGAUAGAUUCAAGUUCCCCCUGGCGGCGUUCGUCCCGGUCAUCCUCGCCGGCCUCGCCGCCGGGAAGCUCCCGGCGACGGCGCUGGCCGUGCUCUGCGCCGCCUUCUUCUUCGGCGCGCGCCGUUGAGCGUGUUUAGGCAAGCAGUGAUGCGCUGAGUUUGAGUGUUUUCCUGAUCCCCUCGAAACCGGGGGAGAUGAGUGUGAGUCCGCUUGUAAAUAAAAAGUAAAAAUCAAAGACAGAAGAAGAAGAAGAAGACGAAGAAAUCCAUACAUACAUGUUGAAUGUUGAAUGUUGGCUCAAAUCCAACAUUCGAAAUAUGCUCAAAUCCAACAUUCAACAUUCUGAAUGGAAUGGACAGAUACAUGUUGUGAUUCUCAAAUCCAAGUAGAAAUGCUGCUGCCAUGUCAUGUCUGAAUUUCUUUCCUGUUGAACACUUCUUUCCAUGAUAGCGAUCGUGCAAAACCGUUAGUUGAGUUCAAAA